AUGAUCAUGCGUGAUCUACACGAGCUGCACUUCUCCAGGAGCUACUCGGAAUUUCAAGAGCGUAAGGCAGAGGUUCUUGGCAAAUGGGAAGGCUACACUCAGCUGCGCAUAUUCGUCAGCUACUUCAGAUCAGUGUGUCUGAACGCUCGUGUGUGGCGCUGGCAGUGCUACCACACUGUGAGUGGUUUUGCAACGACUGAUAACCCGUGUGAGGCAUAUAACGCCACGAUUAAGCGUGACGUCACGCUCAGGCGAAAGCUGAAAAUUGGCGCAUUGAUUGGGCAACUCCUGAUCCUGUGUCGAGGUGAAAGUGUACGUGGUCGUGCUUUCGCUCUAGCGCCUGGAGUUGACGACCGGAUGGUAAGACGCGCUAGAGACCUUGAUCGAGCUGGCCUGCUGCGGGAAUUCACGCCCAAACGCACCUCUAUUGUGUUCCUGCUUGGAUCCGAUUCGAAUGCAGCAAUCACAUCGUUAGUGUCGUCGCAUCACCAGCAGCACACGUGUUCAACCUACAUGAGCGCCGCUCUCGAGGAGACCUGCCGAUCUCCGCCCAUUUUGGCGCCGAGACAGAUCGAAUGGACAGCAACCGGGCGGGAUGUGAACAUCAACUCGCGUUGCUGUCCUUGUCGGCUGUGGUUCAAAAUGGCAUGCUGA